ACGAAGCACCAGAGCUCCAUCACAAGCUUCACAUUGCAGAUCUCAGCUUCAUACGCCGUACCAGGCCUCCACAGGAACGCGGCACAGCUCCCCCUCCUCUCCAUGGCACCAUGAGAGCGGUUGCGUCUCCACUGCAAUCAACUAGCCUCCACCAAUCGUCGGAAGCGUGGUUCGAUCAACAACAGCAACCAUGAUCUGCUACAAUCCAUUCGCAUUUGUCCCGAUGAUCGUAACUCUCACUACUGCUAUAGUCUACCUCGCCAUCUUCAUACCCGUCAUUGUCAUCCACGAAACCGUGCCGUCUGCGCCCAAGAACCCGACCGUGUAUCGAGGUCUGAACCUCACCGAAGCCUGGCUCGACUUGGCAGAAUUGACCAAUGGCUACCAUCCUUAUAACAGCCGAAGAAACGACGAAGUUCGAGACUGGCUGUUGAGAAGAAUUGCAGGAAUAUUAGAUCAUAAUAGAGUUCAAUACUCGUCUGAGUCAGAUCCAAACAGUCAACUCAAGGAGGGCUCUACAGUGGAUCAGCAAGCUCAAGAGCCCACAUAUCCGGAUCAUGUUGAAUCGGUUACCCUGGAUCACGAUGAGCUCCGCGCACGAUCUUCCUCGCCCACCGCGGUCAUUUUCAACGACCUCGUUGCCAAUUACACCGCGACUGCGCUCACGAAGCCGGGAGAGACAAGGAGAAGACUGGGGAUCAGCACAUACUUUGAAGGAAACAACAUCAUCGUAUACAUUAGGGGUGCUGAAGAUGAAGAGGGGGAGUGGUGGAAAUCCACUAAACCUUCUACGAAGACGAAACAUGGCAAAGGUGGUGUGAUGGUCAAUGCACAUUUUGACAGUGUUUCCAGCGGAUACGGAGCGACGGACAACGGAGUUGGAGUCAUUACGGUAUUGCAGCUGGUGAAAUAUUUUACCACGGAAGGCAACACUCCCAAGAGAGGCGUCGUGGCAUUGUUCAACAACGGCGAAGAAGAUGGCCUCUACGGUGCCAAGGCAUUCCUCUCUCAUCCAAUGGCAUCCUUCGUCCAUACUUUCAUGAAUCUGGAGGGAGCUGGUGGCGGCGGCAGAUCUACUAUGUUUCGAGCCACUGAUACUGAAGUGGCUCGUGCUUAUGGAAAAGCUCGCCAUCCUUUUGGCACAGUCGUCGCCAAUGAUGGAUUUUCGCUUGGAGUUGUACGAAGCGAGACUGACUACAUUGUCUUCCGCGCGGAGGGUUACCGUGGAGUCGAUGUGGCAUUUUGGGAGCCUCGAUCUGUUUAUCACACUGACGAAGACGAUAUGAAGCACACCUCGAUAGACUCUGUAUGGCAUAUGCUGUCUGCUUCCGUCGAGACGAUGAAAUACCUGACCUCUCGCACCAACGAAUUUAUUGGGCCACGUGGAGACAAGGAUGAAAAGAAAGUAGAAAAUGGUCGCGGGACGCCUGGCGUCUGGUUCGAUCUCUUUGGCCAAGUCCUAGCCGUCUUCCGCCUUCGUUCACUUUUUGCAUGGUCUCUGGCUAUCCUCAUCUCAUCGCCAUUAAUCUUGAUACUGAUUACAUUUCUCCUCGUUCGACAAGACAAGUACUACUUGUUCGCCGGAGAGAUCGAGAAAGAAGGCCUCGAUGACCAUGUGGUCUCUCUUCAGGGCUGGCGAGGAUUUUCUCGCUUCCCAAUCACCCUGAUCGUUUCUGGUGCAAUCACAACUGGUGCCGCAUUCUUGCUCAGAAAGAUCAAUCCAUUGAUCAUCUACUCCUCGCAAUAUUCGGUUUGGGCCAUGUCGAUGAGUUUAUUUUUCUGUCUCUUCUGGUUCUUGAUGGCCGGAAGCAACUUCGUUAGGCCGUCAGCACUCCACAGAACUUAUGCUUUCAUAUGGAUGUUCUCCAUUGGAUGGAUACUCCUGGUUGCAGCCACAGUCUUUGAGGAUCGCCUCAAGAUUGGCAGUAGCUACAUGUUCGUGAUCUACGAGUCGGCAGUCUUCCUAGCAACACUCAUUGCCUUGUGUGAGCUUUUCGCCCUUCCAACAAAGUCUUCUGUGGUCGAAUCUUCUCGUGAGGAGCAGGAAAACCAAGCCGGAAUCGCUGCUGUGCCUCGUUCAGAUGCUCUUGUCUAUGACAGAAACAGUCCGAACGGGCACGAUGAAAGCGGUGCCGCUGAAGCCACUGAGACGACCCCACUCUUUGGAGGCAACAAUCACCGCUCUGCCAUCGGAGCUACAUUCUCAAGAGGCUACCAUAGAUCAACUACUGCAAACUUAGACGGAGCUGAAGACAAUUCUCAUGGAAAACAUCACGCCUUUGGGAAUGAGCAAACAUGGUCCGAAAAACUGCCCGCCUGGACCUGGCUGCUACAAUUCUUACUUAUUGGGCCCUUCACUCUCAUUAUCCUCGGACAAGUUGGUCUUUUUCUUGUUGCUGGAUUGGCACAAACAGGGACUGACGGCAGUCCGUUACUUCUACCUUAUUUGGCGGUUACGCUCUUCUCCAUUUUACUCGUACUGCCGAUCACUCCUUUCGUACAUCGAGUUACACACCAAAUUCCAACCUUCCUCUUCCUCGUAUUCGUUGGCACUCUUAUCUACAACCUCUCCGCCUUCCCCUUUUCGGCUAACGCCCGUUAUAAGGCGUAUUUCCAACAAACCGUCGAUCUCGAGAGCGGAAUCAACCGUGUGUAUCUCAUUGGACUUGAAGAAUACAUCCGCGACAUAAUUUCCUUCGUUCCAUCAGCAUCUGGUCAGACUAUUUCAUGUGACAAAAAGCCAACGAUCCGGGAUGGAGUUGUCUUCUGCUCCUAUGAGGGUCUAGCCCCAAAAGUGGUGGGUAAUGUGAAGGACGGUGUACCUCCAGAGAAGGCAUUCCACGACUGGCUGACCUACAAUGUCACACGAUUGGAGGGUCAAAAUAAGGCCACUUUCCACAUCUCAGGCCUUGAGACUAAAGCUUGCAUUAUGCGAUUUGACGAACCGUUCUCGGCAUUUAGCGUUGAAGGCGCAGCACCGAGUGAUGGCAAAUGGCCGGAUGUCCCUGAGACUGGCAGUGACCAAAUCAAGCUUUGGCACCGGGACUGGAACCGAGAAUGGGUUGUAGAUGUCGAAUGGCCCGUCAGUGAGGGCAAGAAGCCAGGAGAGGAAGGAAGAAAUGGAAGAGUUGUAUGCUUGUGGAGCGAUAAUAAUUACCCUGGCGUAAUUCCCGCAUUAGAUGAGGUCAAGAGAUAUGCUCCAAAGUGGACGAGUGUUGUUAAGUCCAUGGAUGGCUUGGUUGAAGGCAGCAAGCCUUUCGUUGUUUGAACUUUUGGGUUGGAAUCGAGGCUGGGGUUACGGUUUAUGAGAUUGACGGUCAAUACUAAUAACAUUGUACAUAUGAGCUUGUAAAUUGCUCGCGAUUUGACUGCUUCAUUUGUUCUUGCGAUAUUUCCGAGGUCUCAUAGUUUUGUCGCCGUCAACCCCUAAGCAGAAGUUCCGCAUCUGUCCCUACUUUCAAUCUUCUGCCUCUUCCGAUAUUUACUAUCUUGGCUUUU